UAUAUUUUUAAAGGAGGUUUUUCACAUAAACUUUGUUUCUUGAACAAAAUGUGAUUUAGACAAUAAAAUUGGGAAGUCAGUGGGAGAAACAGCUGUAGAAUUAAAUUUUGAGCCUUGUUAUUGGGUUUUGUACACAUUUAAUUUUUUAUGUAAGACAUGAGAAAUAAUACCUCACAGUUUUUCUGAAGAUCAAGUAAAGGCUUUAAAGCCUUGAGCAGUGUCUGGCUCAGGUUAGGUGCUUAAUAAAGGGCAGGUGUAUCAAUAAUAGAAAUGUAAUACUGACUACUUUGCAGGGCCGCAAGAGGAAAGGACAUGGGGAGCACAGGGGAGGGCGAUUAGAUAGAGUGAUUAUAUGUGUAUAUAAAGUACAUUACAUAGGCAGGGGUGUCAUGAGGAUUGGUGUGAUAGUGACCUUGUUGCUAAGUGCAGAAGCAAAACACUGACUUAAAAACAAGUACAUCAGGCACUCGGUGGAGAAGAGAGAUGGAGGCAGACGCUGCAGGGGAAAAAAACUGAGUAAAAGGGGCCUUUGAUUCCAUGGGCACAAAAGUCCACAGCCAGGAAUUUGCUGCAACCUCUGAGUCAGGCGGGGUGUGGGGGUGGGGUACACCAUUCCAUUAGUAGAGAAUUCCCAGUGGAUUUUUUCUGAGAGUCACAUUUCUUAUUAGGACCAGUGUAGACAGAAACAAACUCCGCUCACUUGUUUCUUGGGACAGUUGAGUUAGGGGAUGGCUUUUGCAGAGCAUUCACCGCUGACCCCUCACCGCCGGGACCUCUGUAGCCAUUCUAUCUGGCUAGCAAGGAAGAUUCGUUCAGACCUGACCGCCCUUACGGAAUCUUAUGUGAAGCAUCAGGGCCUGAACGAGAACAUAAGCCUGGAUUCCGUGAGCGGUGUGCCAGUGGCAAGCACUGAUCAGUGGAGUGAGCUGACUGAGGCCGAGCGACUCCAGGAGAACCUCCAAGCUUAUCGUACCUUCCACGCCAUGUUGACCAGGCUUUUAGAAGACCAACGGGUGCAUUUUACUCCAGCUGAAGGUGACUUCCAUCAAGCAAUACAUACGCUUCUACUCCAAGUUGCUGCCUUUGCUUACCAGCUGGAGGAAUUAAUGGCACUCCUGGAGCACAAGAUCCCCGCCAGUGAGGCUGACGGGGUGCCCGUUAUUGCUGGAGAUGGUGGUCUAUUUGAAAAGAAGCUGUGGGGCCUGAAGGUGCUGCAGGAGCUUUCAAAGUGAACAGUGAGGUCCAUCCAUGACCUUCGCGUCAUUUCUUUUCGUCAGACCGGGAUCUCAGCACACGGAAGCCACUAUAUUGCUAAGGACAAGAAACUGUAGCAGUUACCCAUCUCUUUCAGUGGAAUCUAUGUGGUUCUCUGAGCUCUCACUUUUCCAUUCUUAAGGUUUUGACAGUCUUUAAAACCACAGGCAUUGUCAUCAAGUAGGGUUGGAGAGGAGGACGAAUGGGCAUACAGGGUUAG